AUGGCCGGCGAUUUCAAGCUCUCCGCCACGCUACGUGGACACGAAGAAGAUGUUCGUGCCAUAGUAUUCCCUACUCGAGAACUUCUCUUUUCUGCUUCAAGGGAUAACACAGUCCGCAAGUGGAGCCUCACUGCGCCAAAGCCUCCCGCAUACGACGACACAAUCGCAUUACAAGGCUCACACUGGUUCAACGGCCUGGCCUACGCUCCCCCGUCGAGCCAUCACCCUGAUGGUAUCAUUGCGGCUGGUGGCAGGGAGACCUUCGUCUUCGUGAAACAUGUCGGCAGCCCGCCAGAUGCCGAUCCACAUCGCAUGUUAAUUGGCCACGCCGGAAACAUCACCUGCUUGGCCUUCACCGAGGACGGUAGGAGGGUCAUUAGUGGCGGCUGGGACAGCCAGGUGUUCGUCUGGGAUGUCGAAGAAGGCAACGUUGUAGCCGAGCUUACCGGUCAUGGUGGUCCGGUCUGGGGCGUGAUCGUCUACGACGCGAAACUGGUCUUAACCGCAUGUGCCGACAAGAUCAUACGUAUCUUCGACGUCAAUGGCAAGAGCCUGAAAUCGAUUAAAGGCCAUACUGACGUUGUGCGCUGUUUCUGCAAGCUUCCUAGCGGCCACUGGUCCGGCGCAGCCUUUGCUUCUGCAGGUAACGACGAGGUCAUUCGGUUAUGGACAUUGGACGGUGCCCAAGUGGGUGUACUACACGGCCACGAGGCAUACAUCUACAGUCUUGCUAUCCUUCCGAAUGGCGACAUUGUGAGCUCGUCGGAAGACCGGACAGUAAGGGUGUGGCGCAACAGCAAAUGCAUACAGACGAUCACUCAUCCCGCAAUCAGUCUGUGGACUGUUGCUGCAUGUCCCGAGACAGGUGACAUUGUAAGUGGCGCAAGCGACAAUGUCAUCCGCGUCUUCUCCCGCGACCCAGAGCGACAGGCUGAUGCAGAGACUAUCCGAUCCUUUGAAGAGAGCAACCGCAUGUAUGCGAUCCCAGCGGAGACGGCCAGUCAAGGCCAGCCAUUCCAGAAGGAGAAUCUUCCCGGUCCAGAGGCACUGCAGACGCAAGUCGGACAGAGAGACGGCCAACAACUGUUCAUCCGUGAGCACGACGGUUCGGUGACGGCGCAUCUUUGGUCAAGCACGACCAGCCAGUGGAACCUGAUUGGGUCCGUAGUGUCCGGCGAAGGCUCUGGCGCGAACAAAAGGCAGUACGACGGCAAAGAGUACGACUAUGUGUUUGACAUCGACAUCGAAGAUGGCAAGCCACCGCUUAAGCUGCCGUACAACGCUACGGAGAGCCCAUGGGAUGCUGCCCGCAGAUUCCUGGAAAGGAAUGAGCUGCCAAUGUCCUACUACGAGCAGGUAGCUAACUGGAUUUCGGAUAAUACUCAAGGUGCCCGCCUUGGGCAGUCAAGUCAACCGGCUCCACAUCAACAGGACCCUUGGGGCACUGACCGAAGGUACAGACCUGGCGAUGCAGCGCAAAGUUCGACAACUGGCGAACGCAGAUUACCACAGCGAUCGUACAUCAGCAUCUCCGAAGGCAACGCACAGAACGCUGUCACUAAGAUCUCAGAAUCUGCGAAACAACUCCAAGCCGCCGGCAAGCUUGACCCAGUAUCUUUGCUGAGCGAUGACGACCUUGCUGCGUUGCAGACGCUUGUCGACCAGCUGAACAAAUCUUCAAGCGACCCACAUCCGACCGAAAGCCAAAUUGCGGCGCUGCUCACUGCAUGCUCAAAGUGGCCGAGAAAGGAGCGUGUACCAGCAAUUGCAUUGCUGGCUCGGCUCGCUGUGUCUCCAAGCUUCGUCAGUGCUACUUCAUCUGGCGAGAAGACCAUCGUGGAGACGCUGGCACAAACAGGCCUGUUAGAGCAGCGGCAGGAGACAGCAAACAAUGCGGUGCAUGCUCUUCGAUUAAUCGUCAAUCUGUUCGCUUCCGACUCCGGCCGACUCAUAGCAGACGGCGCGUUCGAGUCAGCAUUGCAGCUUACGAGACCCUUCGCCUCUGAGCCUGAAUCACCGGCACAGUACAAAGCGCUCGCGGCGUUGUACCUCAACUACGCCGUGCUUGUUGUCGCUGGUGCGCCGGCUGACGAAUCAGCAAGUCGCGAGGCUAGAGCGAAGGUUCUACUAAUCGAUAUCGCGACGCUACUAGAGUGCGAGAGCCCGCAUGCGAACGAUGGGGAUGCCUUGUAUAGGAUUUUGUGUGCACUUGGGACACUGCUGACCCUCGGUGAAGACUUCAGAAGGGAAAUGAAGAGUGGCGUUUCCGGCACGCUGCACGUCGCUGGCAGUAAGCCGGCUGCGCAAGCGCAGAAUGUCAAGGAGGUGAUGCAAGAGAUAAGAGAUGAGUUGCGAUGA